GGGCGAACAUCGACGAGACCAGCUUCGCUGAGUCCUAUGUCGCUGCAAUGCAUUGGAGCCUUACGCAAUUCACUCCUUCAACGAACCCCAUUGCACCUGACAACGGCUGGGAGAGGUUCUACGCAAUUUGGGUGAUUCUCUUAGCCAUGGCGU